UACGUUUUAGCCGUUCGUGUUCCUUUAAGGCGCGGUGCAGGACAGGCCCAGCCCCUUCCUCUAACGGCGGAAGGGGCGGUCGGGCUGUUCGGUGCCGCUGGGGGCGAUGCUGGCUGCGGGGCGCCGCGUGGCCUGCGCCGUGUCGGGCGGCGUGGACAGCGCUGUGGCCGCGCUGCUGCUGCGGCGCCGAGGGUACCAGGUGACGGGCGUCUUCAUGAAGAACUGGGACCCGCUGGACGAGCAGGGCGCCUGCUCCGUGGACAGGGACUGCGAGGACGCGUACCGGGUGUGCCAGAAGCUGGACAUCCCCUUCCACCAGGUGUCCUACGUGAAGGAGUACUGGAACGAGGUGUUCAGUGACCUCUUAAAGGAAUAUGAACUGGGAAGGACUCCUAACCCCGACAUAGUGUGUAACAAGCACAUCAAAUUCAACCACUUCCUCCAUUAUGCCAUGGAUAACCUCGGAGCAGAUGCAAUUGCUACUGGGCAUUACGCUAGAACUUCGCUGGAGGAUGAGGAGGUUUUCCAGCAUAAAUAUGUGAAAAGACCCCGAGAGCUUUUCAGAAACCGUUUUGAAGUUAGAAACACUGUCAAACUCCUUCAAGGCGCCGACCUCUUCAAAGACCAGACCUUCUUCCUGAGUCAGAUCUCGCAGGAUGCUUUGAGGAAAACCAUUUUUCCUUUGGGGGAUUUAACAAAAAGCUUCGUAAGGAAGAUAGCAUCAGAACAUGGCCUUCAUCACGUGCUAAAGAAAAAAGAGAGCAUGGGAAUCUGCUUUAUUGGUGAAAGAAACUUUGAAAAGUUCCUUCUUGAGUAUUUAGAACCUCGGCCAGGUAACUUUGUUUCCAUUGAAGAUAAGAAGGUGAUGGGAAAACACAGAGGUUGGUUCCUGUACACAAUAGGCCAGAGGGCAAGACUGGCAGGCCAGCAGGAUGCGUGGUUUGUUGUAGAUAAAGAUGUCAGCACUGGAGAUAUCUUUGUGGCACCAUCAACGGAUCACCCUGCUUUGUUCAGAGACCUGUUGAGGACAAAUCGAGUGCACUGGAUAGCAGAGGAACCACCUGCAGAGCUCGUUAGAGAUAAAAUGAUGGAGUGUCAUUUCAGGUUUCGGCACCAGAUGGCACUGGUGCCGUGCGUGCUGACUCUAAACCAGGAUGGGAGUGUGUGGGUGACGCUAGUGAAGCCAGCAAGAGCUCUCACUCCUGGACAGUUUGCUGUGUUCUACAAGGGUGAUGAGUGCUUGGGCAGCGGGAAGAUCCUGCGGCUGGGCCCAUCGGUGUUCACCAUGCAGCAGGGCAGAAACCGAGAGGAGGGUACCAGGAAGGAAGAUAUUGACGAGGUAGAACCAGCAACGUAGCAGUUGGGUUUGUUCAUUGAAGGACGUUUGGAUAAUUUGCUGCCUGACAAUAAUAAAGACAAUGGGGAACAUCUUCUUGGUGGAUCUGAGCACUCUGAAGGUUGACUGUUCUAAUCCCAACUCUCGCUGUUAGCACAGAAACGGCUUUGAAACAAAAGCUGACUUGGCACUAGGCUGUUGAGGUGUGUGAUGAUGUUUAUGCUGAUGUGUACAAGAGAAUGUCUUAGAGUUGUUCUGUAGCAGAGGUUGCACAUACAAGAAUUUUAAUACAAAAAGAAUGUGUGAAAUCAUAACCUUGUAUUUUAUGCAGAAGUGAAAUAUUUUUGUCUUACUUGAAGACAGCUGUUUCCAGGUAAGGUACGUGUUGUUCCUGCAGUAAAUGUAUGCGUGUGCACUGAACCCUGGGAAAGGGACGAAUGGGGUCUCAGCGCAGCAUUUUGUCUGUACGCUGAGCAACAGGUGCUUAUUUUAAUUAGAGUUUUAUUUUAAAAUGUUCUAGAUUCUUAAGCUGUGCUCCGCAGUGCUUUGAAACAUCUGUUACCUGGAAUUACAAAUCUAGGAGGUUGUGAACAAUCUCCACGUUUCCAUCUUUCACUCAAUUGACUCAGUUUUUGUUAAAUGCAGGGAAGAAGCCUACACUGUCGUGCUUCAGAAAAACCCAAAUUCAUACGUGCUCCCUUAUUAUACAGCUAACUUAAUGUGGACCAGAUAAGAAUUCAAACUCAGAUCAUGCCAGGUGUCAAAACGAGUGGCAUUAGGAAGAACCAAAUGCCCCUGUCCAAGUUAAUAGGAUAAUAAUAGGAUAAUAGUCUCGUGUGGGUUGGAAGGGACCUUAGAGAUCAUCGAGUCCAACCCCCGGGAUUCGAGCCUCUGUGUAGCAGAGCGGCACUUCUACCACUUGUGCCACAGGGGAGAUUCGAACCCCGGGCCCCAGUGUUGCAAGGUGGCAUUCCUACCACUGCGCCACCGGGGCACACUUGUUAUUUGCAUUAAGAACCGAGUGCAUUUUGAGGACACUCUGUGCUUUCAACAAAGCUUUAUUACAACGAACCCACAAAAAGCAAGUCCUGCAUUUCCACACAGAAGGUACUCAUUGAAGUACAGCUUCGCGGGAGCGAGGCUUAUUAAAUGGGUGUAGAAUUUUGAAACUGCAUCCACUUCGGGCAGUAGCAAAGCUCUGACAUGAAUAGAUCUUUUCAGCUGAUUUGUAGGCUUGGAUUACACGGAGCAUUCUGUCCUUUUCUGUUGUCUGAGCGUCUUCUAAGAAUGCCUUUUAUCCCUUUUUGUCAGAACAGAUUAAAAUAGCCUCUUUUCUCCAAAGUGGGAAUGGGGAGGAGGUGCUGAUCAGUGUCCACCUGCUGGUCUGGUGGAGUUAAGCACAAUUCAGGGAGCACCACAGAGAACAUCUAGACUGUUAAAAUCUUUUAUAUUUACUUGAUGUUACUGUAGGUCUGGGGAGAAAAGUGUUACCUUAGGCUGGUAACCCUGUAAGUCACGUCCCUCAGUAAGGUGCUUUGACGGCCCCGACCAAAUUACACGCUUGUCACGACACCAUUGGAGAAGCUCUAGCAGUUUCAAGCUCAGCGGUGGCUUGCUCAAGUUCUUUACUGAUUUUUUUUUUUUUUUUCAUCCAGUUCCUUCUACAUUUUAUCCAUGUACACUUCAACUUUUUUUCUUGCCAAUAAUGCAGUCCCAGCAGCAUCUAGGAAGCAUUCCCCUUGGCUGAAGCUUCUGUUCAGUGUGGAAUUGUUUCUGAGAUUUCCCAGUUCAGCUGAAUAUUUUCCUGGACUUGCAGUAGGACCUCCACUGACAGUGCUGCUCGCAAUUAAAGAUUUGUUUCUUUGGCGUUCCUCAAAGAGCUUACAAUUGGCUUCUGCAAGUCUCUCACUGGUUCUUUCCAGCUUAUUUGCUAGCCUUAUUCUCAUUUUCAUUUCUUCACGAUGCAGCUCUUUGUAUUUUUCCACUUCCGCAAGCAUAGAUUCGUUUUGAAAAAUAUUGUCUUUGGUAUUUUUUAUUUUGUCCAACUCACAUUCAACCUCUUUUAUUCUGCACUUCAGCUGGUCUCUCAGCGAGGCAUGAUGAUUUUCUCUGAUUUGUUCUAUCUUGUCUUGUGAGGCUGCCUGUAUCUGCAAA